GGCGGGAGCGGGAGCGUCGCAGCAGCGGCCGGGCCGGAGGCGUCGUCGCGGCCGCAGCGCAGUUCGCGGGUCGGCGGGCGAGCGGCGGCCGAGAUUUUCCUUCGGAUCCCGAGCGGCUGAAGCUGACCUCUGACUUGAAGCCUUCUCUCUGCUUCCUGGUCCUCGGGAGAAAUGUCCAGCACGUACGAUGAUUCCGUUGGAGUGGAGGUGUCCAGUGACAGCUUCUGGGAGGUGGGGAACUACAAGCGGACGGUGAAGCGCAUCGAUGACGGCCACCGUCUGUGCAGUGACCUCAUGAACUGCCUGCAUGAGCGGGCGCGCAUCGAGAAGGCCUACGCCCAGCAGCUGACCGAGUGGGCGCGGCGCUGGAGGCAGCUGGUGGAGAAGGGGCCGCAGUAUGGAACGCUGGAGAAGGCCUGGACGGCCUUCAUGGUGGAGGCAGAGCGCGUCAGCGACCUGCACCUGGACGUGAAGACCUCGCUGAUGAACGAGGACUUCGAGAAGAUCAAGAAUUGGCAGAAGGAGGCUUUCCACAAGCAGAUGAUGGGAGGCUUCAAGGAGACCAAAGAGGCCGAGGACGGCUUCCGGAAGGCGCAGAAGCCCUGGGCCAAGAAGCUGAAGGAGGUAGAAGCAGCAAAGAAGGCCUACCACGCAGCCUGCAAGGAGGAGAAGCUGGCCAUCUCGCGAGAAAACAACAGCAAAGCAGACCCGUCCCUCAACCCCGAGCAGCUUAAGAAAUUACAAGACAAAGUCGAGAAGUGCAAGCAAGAUGUACUCAAGACCAAGGACAGAUACGAGAAGUCCCUCAAGGAGCUGGACCAGGUGACCCCCCAGUACAUGGAGAACAUGGAGCAGGUGUUCGAGCAGUGCCAGCAGUUCGAGGAGAAGCGGCUGCGCUUCUUCCGGGAAGUUCUGCUGGAGGUGCAGAAGCACCUCGACCUGUCCAACGUGUCCAACUACAGAAGCAUUUACCGAGACCUGGAGCAGAACAUCAAAGUGGCGGACGCCGUGGAGGACCUGCGCUGGUUCAGGGCCAACCACGGCCCGGGCAUGUCCAUGAACUGGCCACAGUUUGAGGAGUGGUCUGCAGACUUGAACCGGACUCUCAGCCGGAGAGAGAAGAGGAAGGCCGCUGACGGCGUCAUGCUGACGGGCAUCAGCCAAACGGGCGACCAGGCCGCGCCACACAAGUCCAGCAGUGACCUGAGUGCCCCGAACAACCCCGCCCGGUCAGCGCUGUCCCUGUCCAGCUACAACCCUUUUGAUGACGAGGACGAUACGGGGAGCACCGUCAGUGAGAAGGAGGACACCAAGGCCAAAAACGCGAGCAGCAACGAGAAGGCUCCGAGCUACCCCGCCGACUGGUCGGACGAUGAGCCCAGCAACCCCUUCUCAUCCGCCAGAGCCAACGGGGACUCCAACCCUUUCGAGGAGGACACCCCCGGGACAGAAGUGCGGGUGCGGGCCCUGUACGACUACGAAGGGCAGGAGCAUGACGAGCUGAGCUUCAAGGCCGGGGAGGAGCUGACCAAGGUGGAGGACGAGGACGAGCAGGGCUGGUGCAAAGGACGCCUGGACAACGGGCAGACGGGCCUGUACCCCGCCAACUACGUGGAGGCCAUCCAGUGACAGCGGGGCCGGGCUGGCGAGGGCUGGAGGCCGUGGGCCCAGGAGAGGCGCCUUCCCCGCCACAGACGGAGGCUCCGUCGCUGCCAGCUUCAUGGUGUCUCCUGCAGACAGACGAGCUGCUCCUCCCCGGGGCCGCCACGGGGCUCCCCGCCCCCCCAGGCUGCGUGCGUGCGUGCGUGCGGCCUGGCUCCGUCUGUGCUCCCUGACCCUGGGUGCCCCCUCCCCGGGCCGUAGUGGGUUCGGUACCCUGAAUCUCGUUUCCCUGCUUCCGUCUCCGGUGAGGGCCCGUCACCCACCAGUGAAAUGAACAAAAAUGCCAUUUUCUGAGCGAAGAUCUUGAGAUUUUUUUUUUAAUUUAAAGGCUCUUGUACAGUUGGGGUUUGUUUUUUUUUUUAUAUAUAUAGAUACCUGUUCUUCCAUUCAUUUGUACUUAAGUUAUGGCACAGAAGGAUGCUCCGCCCGCCCCCGGGUUCGAGUCCCCUCCGUCUUUGUCAGCAGCCAGGCCAGGCCAAUGCCCUGCACCCCACAGCCUGCACCCCGUAGCAGCAGCAGACGGGGGGCACAUUUGCUCGCUCUCAGGACACACCUCACGCUCGGGGACCUUGGUGCAUUCCCCAAGGCGACUCUCACCGGUUUGCCAUAUUUAAAGCCUAUUUUCACACUCUACACCCUGACUCCUCCCAGCCACCCUCGGUGCCAGGAGUGAGACUUCUUGUCUGCGUUCCAGGCGCUCUCGGGGGCCGGGAGCACUGUCUGCUGUCUCGCUGAGUUGGGGCCUGGGACACAGGCCUGGCUGCUGGGCUGGACGCGGGGCCCGCACAGGAGUAAGUCCGAGCGGUUGGACCCCCCGGCUCCCCGCCUGCGUCCUUCCCGUAGCACAACACUGGAAACCUCCGUCCUCGGCCAGCCACAGAGGCCAUAAGCGCCCCCUCCUCGGGCACCCCCGCAGCGGGCAGGCCUUCAGGGGCGCCCGGCGGGGAAGGCACACGUGUCCCUCCCACCACACAGUACCUUCCCGGCAGGAACUCGCGUUCCCUUGCUACAGAUGACCAAAAUUCUCUCUUCAGUUUAGGAAUGUCGUUAAGCCGCUAGAAUUUUAGAAAAAAAAAAUCAAUAAACAGUUGAUCUUGCAAA